AUGUCUCAUCAAGGAUCUUCUUCUCCUUUUAAAUUAAAUAUCCCAAAUGAAGCCCGACAAAUGUUAAGUACUGGGGAACUCAAUCCCGUACACCAACAUGAACUUGCCAAUUUUUUGAAACAGGAGGAACAACGGUUAAUUGCCGUUGAACGCGGGUAUGCCCAAGCUAUGGGCGAACAACAUGCUAAACUCUUGUUGGAACUUGAGGACACUACGUCCAAACUCGCACUUCUUUCUUCUUCCUCCAACUCUGGCCAAAAACCAUCAUCUUCGUCGUCGUCUUCACUCCCCCGGGAUACUGUUAAACGUUAUAAGGUACAUGAAUGUACCACUCGGAUGGUAACUCAUGCACGGAAUUUGCAUGAACGUUUGGUAAAAUUUCAAAAACGCUCGGUUACCCUUUCGGAGGCCGACAAUUUUGCCAAAAAAUCAAAGUUUUUUAAGUUUUCGUUUGAAAAUGUCCCUACAAUAAAGGAAUCCCUGAAAAAGGAACUUUUGGACACCAUUGCGGACGAAGUCCAUAAAACUUUGAAAAAGGAUGUAACUUCUGCUAUUAAGGAACAUACGGACCGUUUGGACCAAAGUUCCGAAGUUCUAGGCAACGAGCUUGCUUGUGCCAAGGACGCGGCUUGCGCCAUUUCCACUUUAUCAGAUACCGAACGCUUUGAGCUUGGUACCUGGUGGGAUAGCAACAUCCUCUUCAACUUGAAACAUUACAGAAGUCGCCUGAUCGAUAUUAAAUCGAGUCCGAAGCAAGCCAAGCCGACGGUGCCGAAGAGAACAAUGUCCAAUGCGAUGGACUGCGAUCAACCAACGGACAAACGCAUCC